GCUUCCCCGUCAAGGUAAGGACGGUUCUUACACUGUCUCGAAAGGUCCUCGUCGUCGCUUCAAGAAAUUUACGUCAUCUCUUUCGUGUCUGUUUGCUGGGAUAAAAUACUUGAUGCCACAUUCAGAAUCAUGAAAAACAACAAAAAAAGCCACAACUCCUAGUGCUCACCCGACCUCCUCCCACCCCCCCCUCAGGGCUAGCUCCGAGAAAACUUCCUCGAACUGAUCUGACGUCUGCCGACGAAGGCGGCAGCCAUGAACUGGUCGGCGUUGGAGUCCCUCCUGAGCGGGGUCAACAAAUACUCCACGGCGUUCGGCCGGGUCUGGCUCUCGGUGGUCUUCGUCUUCCGGGUGCUGGUGUUCGUGGUGGCCGCCCAGCGAGUGUGGGGCGACGAGACCAAGGACUUUGUGUGCAACACCGCCCAGCCCGGCUGCACCACCGUUUGCUACGACUCGGUCUUCCCCAUCUCUCACAUCCGCCUGUGGGCCCUGCAGCUCAUCUUCGUCACCUGUCCCUCCUUACUGGUGACAUGUCACGUCAAAUAUCGCCAGAAGAAAGACCUGGAGUACGCCACCUCGCACAAGGGAGCUCAUCUGUACGCCAACCCCGGGAAGAAACGCGGCGGUCUUUGGUGGACCUACUUGGUGAGCCUGAUUUUCAAGACCAGCUUUGACGCCGGCUUCUUGUACAUCCUCCAUCAUAUUUAUCACGGAUUCGACAUGCCCCGAGUGUCCAAGUGUUCUCUGGAGCCCUGCCCCAACACAGUGGACUGCUUCAUUUCCCGGCCGACGGAGAAAAAAAUCUUCACCCUCUUCAUGGUGGUCUCCUCGGUGGUCUGCAUUAUCAUGUGCAUCUCCGAGAUGAUCUACUUCAUCUGCAAGCGCAUCCUCAAACACAAAAGGAAGACCGAUCGGAUGAUCAGGGAAGCGUUCGCCGACAAUCGGGAAAUGAGACCCCUGGCGGCAACCAGGUCAGAAUUCAGGUCCAAAACUUCAAUCCGAGUCGAUCCCACCAUCUCCAUCCAGAAUCUCAACAACAUGCCGGCAGAGGAGAGAGAAAAAGAACCCCGAAAUGAGUCAACGCACGAAAAGGCCAAGGUGGAGAACAUUUAGCAUCUCCGAGAGACUCUUCGUGGCACCUCUUGCCAAGCGUAAAGACAUUCAUCAAUUUGCUGAUGACUUGUAAAUACUUGGAACGACUUUCUGCCUUUAGGCAUCGUCUGUGCAUGCAAGUACAUAACGCGAGCGGCAUGAGACGUUGAUCGUACACAUAUUUAUGCAUCGUACAACAUACCAAUGACUCCACUGUUUAAGGGCUUUAUUAUUAUUCAUUACUAUUAUUUAGGGCGGCCCGGUAGUCCAGUGGUUAGCACGUCGGCUUCACAGUGCAGAGGUACCGGGUUCGAUUCCAGCUCCGGCCUCCCUGUGUAGAGUUUGCAUGUUCUCCCCGGGCCUGCGUGGGUUUUCUCCGGGUGCUCCGGUUUCCUCCCACACUCAAAAAAUGUGCAUGGCAGGCUGAUUGAACACUCUAAAUUGUCCCUGUGUGUGAGCGUGGAUGGUUGUUCGUCUCUGUGUGCCCUGCGAUUGGCUGGCAACCGAUUCAGGGUGUCCCCCGCCUACUGCCCGAAGACAGCUGGAAUAGGCUCCAGCACCCCCCGCGACCCUAGUGAGGAUCAAGCGGCUCGGAAGAUGAAUGAAUGAAUGAAUACUAUUAUUUAUUAUCAUACACACAUACACCGUAGCCAAUGAUUGCGAGGGUCUGUCUGUUAUUCACAUAUUUAUGAAUGAAAUACAUCGCCAUGGGCAUUCCGACACCAAAGUGUCACCCCCCCCCCCCCCCCCCCCCCCCCCGGGCACGUCUUCAAGACCCCCCUUCGACCGCGUGAAAAGCAAGCCAGCAGGCUCUGUCGACGAGAAAUAAAGCCUAAAAGUGGAGAACGAAUGUCAAUGUUUAAAGAAACACAAAUCAGGUUUGUGCUUAAUGACUUCAAAUACCAGCCGGUCCCAUUUUUUUUGUCUUUAUUGGUCCAC